AUGUCCAAGCCCUCGAAGCGCAUGUCCCUGCCAGCAUCUGUCCUCUCUAGCUCCAGUCCUGCUGCUUCCUCUCCUAUCGCAAGCAGGCCGCAGCCGUUGGUUCUCCAGAAGCACUGUCAUGGCUGUAGCAAGCAGAUCCAUCAGGCCAAGGUCUUUGUCGAGCCUGGCAGGCCUACGAUUAUCUACUGCGAAAAGUGUUACAUUGAAAAGUUCACCAAGGGAAACUGCCCAUCUUGCUACAAGCCCGUCCUCACAAAGUCUGAUCCAUAUGUGACCCACAACAGGCGAUCCUGGCAUACAGCUUGCUUUGCCUGCUUCAAAUGCCGUCUGAACUUGUCGACGAAACCAAUGGUAGAUUUGAAAGGACGCCCUUGCUGCGAGGAAUGCUUGAUGGCACAGGCAGGAGCAGAGCAACAGAGUCCUGUGCAGGAAGGCGAAAGGACAUUCGGAGAUAGUCUCACUCCAGCAGAUCGAUCCCUCAGCAGCUCACCCACACCAUCGCCUCUUCGUUAUCCAAACGGUUUGAGGGCUUCGACUAAUGACCUUGACGACACAUUGGACCUGACCAAACGACUCCAGCUAAACACCUCGCCUCGAGAUCUCAACACGGAUUAUAACCUUGGCCAGACCAACUCACCUCUCUCUGCUCAAAGCUACUCCAGCCAGUCAUCAUUCGGAGCACCCUUCAAGGCAAGCGCCUCUAGCGGACACACCAGCGGGACUUCUUCGACACAUUCCAGUCUGGGUCGUAACAAGCUCCCCGAGCAAAGCCCAUCUUCUACGGUCAGUCUUUUGAAGAGCGAGCAGAGUCUGUCGGUAGGAGGUCCACUCUUUUCGUAUCAGAGACCUGGAUCUGCACUGUCGAUUCACUCCUACACCAGCUCCAGACCAGAAUCACCUGCACAGCAUGGCCAAGACCACAGCUUCAAUUCUACAGAUGAUCUGGACUCCAGUCUCCGGGACAAGGGAUCGAGUAAAAAUGAGGCAGAAUGGAAUAGCAGGUCAGAGUCGACUGUCCAUGGACUGCGUCGAUCGAGAUCACCGUCUUUGAGUGGUCUAGACAGCUUGGAUACGGGGCUCUCUCGGCCUCAGACCAACGGAGGAUCUAAGUAUGAGCAGAACGCUCUGCCCAACAACACGCUUCCCGGAACUCCCUUCAGCAAACUCUCGUCGUUGGAUGCUUACCCAGCCUCGGUUAAGGUGGAUCCCGUAGUCCUUGAAGCCCAGCCUAAACAGCAGGUUCAACAGGCUCAGCAGGCAUCAAUUCCUCCCAUCGGUCGCUCUCGCUCGCGCUCCACUGUGGCACCGUCUUCCAUGGGAAUGGUGAGGGCAAGAACGGAAGCAUGGAUGAACCAGGCUCAAUCAGCUACCUCUCCACCUCUCAAGGCACCUGGUUCGCAAUUUAUUAUUCCCGGUCGCACAAGCGGAUUUGGUAGCGAAAGUAGGAACGUUUCAUCCUUCAACGUAUCUCUCAGGCAGUCGAACGUCAAUCUCUCCGAAAAGGAUGUUAAAGGCCCCAAAGCAACAGUUGCACCAUUGGAAGCUGAACCGAACCGACCUACGCUACAUCGUCAUGGACGCCAGCGAUCCAACACUGUGGGCGAGGCGAUCAGCUCCCCUACUGUCAAGGUGGAUACUCCUUUGUCCAGUCCUGCUCAACAACGCGCUGCCGGCUCCAUCCCCGAAGGACAUUGUCACAAGUGUUUUGAACGUGUUACCGAGAACGGAAUCCGUCUGCAGAAUGGAGACCGCUACCACAUCGGGUGCUUCCUCUGUAACGGAUGCAAGCAGGUUUUUACCGAGUCGGAGUUCCACAUUGUCUACGGUCGGCCUUACCAUCCUAAUUGCGUAUCUAUGGCUGGACCAUCCAGCAUGAUGGGAGUGGUGACAAAGUGCCAGCAAUGCCACAAGGUGAUCGGCAGUAAGGCUAUCCGGUUUGCCGGUCAGUCCUUCCACCCUCAAUGCUUCACCUGCACUCAUUGCAGCAAGGUACUUCAGAGCACUAGCAAGUUUUUUGAGGUCGACGGACGGGUCGAGUGCGACCAAUGCUGUGAAGAACGAGACCGAGUCAGACUUGCUCCCAAGAUUGUCCCAGUUGCGCGAACGGCCGAUCACUUCCCGGCGGCACCCUCCAUGGUAGCCUCUGGUCCUGGGCUGAUGGCGACGACUGUUGUAGGCUCGUCGCAUGACGGUCUUUCGCGAUCUGGAUCAGGCUAUGGGUCUCCUAUGAGUGCCAAUGCCAGCGGUACUUCCUCACCCUUGAGAUCGCCAGGAUCGCCAGUAUUCUCGUACUCGUCGUCAGCGAACCUUCUUUCAGACUCGCGUGAUCAGUUCGACGGAGGAAGUGAGCACGGGGGCAUGGCAUCGCCUGUGCUGAUGAUGGCGUCUCCAGCAGCUGUCCGGUCGACCCCACCUCCAUUGACAUCGUUGUUCAGCACAAGAACACGACCCCUGCCCAAGUUUGGAGGUGUGAUGACCUGUCCUCGGUGCCAACAGGCCGUGGGAGUGAUGGAUCAGGUUCCAGGCCCUAAGGGCGAGAAGUGGCAUAAGAGGUGUUUGAAUUGCAAGGAGUGCAAGAAGGUCUUGGACUCGAGCGCUCUUACCCGAGGAGAGGGCGAGGCCUUUUGCCGCGGAUGCUUCAACAAAACGCGCGUUCGCGUUUGA